AUGGCCACAAAAUUCUGCCUUUUUCCUCCACUAAUCGUCCUAACAAUAUUAACUUUCAGCUCUUCUGGAAAUGCUCAAGUGUCAGCUGUUCUCUAUGCUUCUCCACCACCACCAAAUGGAUGUCCCUAUUCUUGCCUUCCUCCACAUACCCCUACCGACUGCCCACCACCACCACCUUCACCACAACCAACAACUCCAACUCCUCCUUCACCGCCACCUUCAGAGCCAGUCGACUACCCUGCACCAGUGGGAUAUUAUUUGCCGCCAGACGGGUAUUUUUUACCUCCACCAGUAUAUGUGAACGGCCCUCCACCUCCUAAUCCAAUUUUGCCGUACCUCCCAUUUUACUACAAGAACCCACCACCACCGUCUGAUUACUCUUCGGCUGCCAGUCAUUAUGCAACAGUCAAGAAGAUGGAGAGCAAGUUAUUUGUACUACUUACAUUUCUCCUUUUCUGGAGUCAGUAA